GUUCUACUACGCAUGUUUUUCUACCAGUUGCCUUACUGCCCGGAAACAGUUCUUUCCGCUGUGCACGCCGAAGAAGAUGGCGGACGCGACGGUGAUGGAUGGAGAAAAUAAACUCAGUAAAAAGUCUGGGCAGUGAUUGAGUAGCUCAGUAGCACAGCUCCUAUCACCAUGCUGACUCUGGUCAGAUUUGCCAGGCAGCAAGUGUUCCAGGCCUUUGGGGUCAGGGCUCAGAAGUCAGAGUUUGCUCGUCCCGUUUUAGCUGCCUUGCCCACACAACUCCAGGGAAAUCGUUGGCGUGGUGACAAAAGUGAGCUGAAGAGGCGCCUGAAAGCUGACAAGAAAGCGGCAGAGAAGGAGGCAAAGGUUAAAGAUCAGGUGGAGCAGAAGAAAGAGACCAAUGACAAGGGAGAUCAGAACCUCUACAAUGCCGACGAAGAGACUCUGGACCCCAAUCAAUACUACAAGAUACGCACACAAGCCAUCCAAGGGCUGAAGGGCACGGCAGAGGACCCAUACCCUCACAAGUUUCACGUGGAUCUGUCACUCACAGAGUUCAUUGAGAAGUACAACCACCUACAGCCUGGAGACCAGCUGAUGGACGUAGUCCUCAAUGUGUCUGGUCGUGUUCACGCUAAGAGAGCCUCAGGUGCCAAGUUACUGUUCUAUGACCUGCGAGGUGAGGGAGUCAAACUUCAGGUGAUGGCAACAUCCAGGAGUUACAAGUCGGAGGAAGAGUUUGUGCGCAUCAAUAACAAACUGCGGCGUGGUGACAUCAUUGGUGUCCAUGGCAACCCUGGGAAGACAAAAAAGGGGGAGCUGAGCAUUAUCCCCAUUGAGAUUACCCUGCUAUCUCCCUGCCUCCACAUGCUGCCACACUUGCACUUUGGCCUCAAGGAUAAGGAAACACGCUUCCGUCAGCGAUACCUGGACCUGAUAUUAAAUGACUUUGUGAGGCAAAAGUUUGUGACACGUGCCAAGAUCAUCACCUACUUGAGGAGCUUCCUUGACCAAAUGGGCUUUCUGGAGAUUGAGACGCCCAUGAUGAACCUCAUUCCAGGAGGUGCUGUGGCACGACCCUUCAUCACCUACCACAAUGAACUAGACAUGAACCUAUAUAUGAGGAUUGCCCCUGAGCUUUACCACAAGAUGCUGGUGGUCGGGGGAAUUGACCGCGUUUAUGAGGUUGGGCGGCAGUUCCGAAACGAGGGCAUUGACCUGACUCACAAUCCGGAGUUCACCACCUGCGAGUUCUACAUGGCUUACGCAGACUACCACGACCUAAUGGAGAUCACAGAGAAGCUCCUCUCAGGAAUGGUGAAGCACAUUACAGGUGGAUACAAGGUGACCUAUCACCCAGAUGGACCUGAGGGGCAGGCUUACGAGAUCGACUUCACCCCUCCCUUCAAGAGGGUCAGCAUGGUUCAUGACCUGGAGAAAGAGAUGGGUGUGAAGUUCCCACCUCCGGACACCUAUAACAGCAAUGAGACUCGCAAGUUCUUUGAUAAGCUGUGUGCUGAGAAAGGGGUGGAGUGUCCAGCUCCCAGAACCACCGCUCGCCUCCUUGACAAGCUGGUGGGAGACUUCCUGGAAGUCAAGUGCAUCGACCCCACUUUCAUCUGCGAUCACCCCCAGAUUAUGAGUCCGCUGGCUAAAUGGCACAGAUCACAAAAAGGGCUGACUGAGCGCUUUGAACUUUUUGUGAUGAAGAAAGAGAUCUGCAACGCCUACACUGAGCUGAACGACCCAAUCAGACAGAGGGAGCUCUUUGAGCAGCAGGCCAAGGCCAAGGCGGAGGGCGAUGAUGAGGCCAUGUUCAUCGAUGAGACUUUCUGCACAGCGUUGGAGUAUGGCCUACCACCCACUGCCGGCUGGGGCAUGGGCAUCGACCGCCUCACCAUGUUCCUCACAGACUCCAAUAAUAUCAAGGAAGUCCUCUUCUUCCCUGCCAUGAAGCCUGACGACAAUAAAACGUCCGCCCCCACUGAAGGCACCUCCGUGUAGUCUUUUAACCCUUUCAUGACCCUUGCAAGUAGAAAAAUCAUUCAAGCCGUGGGUGUAACAGCUGGGAGAUGAUUGGCUAGUUUGUUUCAGGUUUCUGAUUAUCAGCCAUGUAACUUGGGGGGGAAACCGUGUAACAGCUGUGCUCUAAUAAGGGAAGGACUAUUUUAAUUGUUUUUCCAAAAUGUUUGAUUAUAUGGAAAUAAACUCAGAAUUAUGUUUUAUUUUUGUUUCACAAAGCUUGUGAUUGUUGCCUGGGAUGUCCCUAAUUAUCCGAAAAUUGAAAGGAACACAGAUGUAAGGUUAUUGGGGUCUUGUUACUAAGUGUAUUGUUUUCUUGUCGGUAAGGGCAUUCUAAACCUGUUUUGAGGGAAAGUGAAACUCAAUCCAUAAAAUGCAGCCUAAACUAAUUUUAGUGAGAUGAAAAUAAAACUAUUCAUGAUUAAAA